GGAUAUCAGAAAUCACAAUGGCAACAUUUAACCAGCCUCAAUCUGUGAUUACCCAGCAAGUUACUGUUAUGAAAAGCAUCGAAUGGAGCACAGGAAUCUGUGACUGCUGUGAUGACAUGGGCAUUUGUUGCUGUGCUGCCUGGUGUUUGCCGUGCUUCAUGUGCAAGACAGCCAGUGAUUUUGGCCAGUACCUAUGUCUGCCACUGCUCGACCCCUGGAUGUGCUGUUUUCUUAAAUUUACACCUAUAACAGUUCCUCCUAUCUCUCUAGCCAUGCGAGUAUCCAUAAGGGAAAGAUACGGCAUUCAGGGGACGAUCUGCGACGACUGCUGCACGGUCUGCUGCUGCUUCUCCUGCUCCUGGUGCCAAAUGGCGAGAGAACUCAAGAAACAAAAGCAGCCUCUGACCAUUGUGAAUGCCCAAACCACAACAUUCAAUGUGGUCCAGACAGCCAGGCCACCCCCCUACAAUUCCAUAUACUAAGGUUUCAGUCCUGUGAAUUAUAUGACGCACCAUACAGUGGAUGCUGUCUCAUAUUCAAUUAUUAAACGUGUGAAGUUUGCAUUGUUCUUUUUGUUGUUCAGCCAUGUGCUUUUAGUGUAUCCCAGCAGGCACCAUAAGGAGACUUAGGUCGGUACUGAUGAACAGGGAUGAACCUGUGAUCACACUUUGGUACAAAAGAAAUAAAACAUGUGACUGCCAUACCUAAACACUCUGCUUCUCAGUUCUAAAUUAUGGAGAUUAUUACACACUCUGGUGGGCUUUAGUAGUGCAGUUCUUCUCAUAAUUUGUUUAGUAAAUGAUUGAUCACCAUCACAAAGGCUUUGAAGUGAUGGUUUAAUCACAAGAGUUAAUAUGCUUAAAAUAUGCAAGAGAAGAUUUGUCCACCAUGAUCCAAGGGGACAUUCAAGUUGAAAAGUCACAUUAUUAGUAAGACAGAAGGCGACGACAAUAAGAGGCAGCUUCUACUGACUGACAAGCCUCAGGGUUCAAAUUUAACAUUGGGAAGAGAACAUUCAGCUUAAUGUUCAUGAAAUGAUCACUUGGGUAACCAUUCUGCAAUCUUUCCAUAUAUCCAUUAAUCUUUUUUAGCUCAGUUUUUUCUCAUGUAAUAGGAUGCUGGCACCUAAUCCAGCAGUGUCAGGUGUAGAAAAGGAACCCACCCUAGGACACAUAUACCAAAGAAAAUAAACCUCAGGAGACUGAAAAGGAAAACAAACCUGCUUAAGCCCACACAGGUAGGAAGCAGACAACUGAUACAGCAUUUGGUCUUGGUAGCAGUAGCAACAUCUGUGCCACAAUGCCAUCUCUAUCUGGAUCUGUAUGAUGUAAAAUGAAACUUAAACUGUGAAUUAUCGCAUUAUU